AUGGCUUCGCCGAGCAAACGCCGAGAAAUGGAUAUGAUGAAACUGAUGAUGAGUGAUUACAAAGUGGAUACAAUCAACGACGAUUUGCAAAUGUUCUAUGUCACCUUCCAUGGACCCACUGACAGUCUCUAUCAGGGAGGUGUAUGGAAGAUAAAAGUCGAACUUCCUGAAGCUUAUCCUUACAAAUCUCCAUCAGUAGGAUUUGUUAACAAGAUUUACCACCCAAAUGUUGAUGAAUCUUCUGGCGCAGUUUGCUUAGAUGUGAUAAACCAGACAUGGAGCCCAAUGUUUGAUCUCAUGAACGUUUUCGAGUCAUUCCUCCCGCAACUUCUGCUAUAUCCAAACCCAUCAGAUCCAUUUAAUGGAGAAGCUGCUUCUCUGUUGAUGCGAGAUCGUGCAGCCUAUGAGCAGAAAGUGAAAGAAUAUUGCAAGGCAUAUGCAACACCUGAGGAGAAUUCAGAUGAUGAUGAUGAUGAUGAUGAAGAUGAGGAUGAUGAUAGCAUGAGUGAAAAUGGUUCGGACUCUGACGAUGAAGACGACGAAGUUGCUGGAAAAGCCGAUCCAUGA